AUGCCUGAGAACGGCGGUGCGGAGCGUCCGUACGAUCCCGCACCCUUCGCCGAUUUCACCGAUGUCGUCUCCCGGGCAAUGCUGAACCAUAUCGGUCGUGACGCCGCUGGAAAUGAAACCGGUUACGUGCCAUUUGAUAACAUCUUGGAUCACUACCUUCGUAUCUUUUCAACACUCGUCUAUGCCGGUCGACAUGCCGUUCCUUACCUGCACUCUCUCUUCAUCUCCCGCGGCCACACCGACGCCAAGUUGCCUUGGGCGAAACCGCCGCCGUCGCCAGAUGACAAUUUCUUCACCGAGUCCUUCCGCAGCAUCUCUGAUCACCAGUGGCGAUUCUUUCCCUUAGAUUUCCAGGCCGGCCAGUUGGAUGACCUCCAUCUCGAAGACCGACGUAUUCUGCCAAUCACGCUUUUGAACAGUAUCUAUUCUUCCCCUUCGGGCGCGGUGAAGAUUGAUUCCUUCACAAUACACCCUGGGUUUGACCACCUGGGCCCGAAAGUCAGAGACCCUUCCUCCCCGCCACGAACCCUCAUCUUGAAAACGUACAACAAGAACAGGAAUCAUGGUUACUAUAAGAACGAACGCGAGGGCCUGCAGGCGUACGGCACCAUAGAACCCCCAAACAUAAUCCGGUUGUAUGGAUCGUUCCAGCAACUUGGGUCGUGCUGCUUGAUCCUUGAGUACUUGGACGGCGGAGAUUUGGCGGAUUUUUUCAGGAAUGACCCGCCCAGCACCGGUGAAGAGGUGGCCCAGUUUUGGACGAAUUUCUUCCAGAUCUUCCAUGGUCUUGCGAGAAUUCAUCAGCUCUGGGAUUCAGAAGAAAAUAUCACGCAAGGAAUCCAUCAAGAUCUUCGGCCGGAGAAUAUUCUCCUCCAACAGGGCCCAUCUGGCUCAUGCUAUGAUUUUAUUCCGAAGUUGGCUGACUUUGGCCUCUACACUCACGCCCAGACUUUUCGGUCCACGUCCGGUGGCCCAAAAGGCCGCGAUCAGCGUGGAAAUAAACUAUUCAGGCCUAACAUGAUCACACAGUGGGCCGACAUCUACUCCAUUGGCGCCAUUAUCAGCCACACAGCGUCAUGGAUCGUGGGCGGGAUCUCUGAACAAAACGCCUACCAGGGGUUGCGUGAUACCUACCACAAAAAGUACGUCGGCCGCAUAAUAAACGGCGGGUACGCUGGUUGCUUCCAUGACCGAAUCAAGACCAUCCCCCCGGUCACCCAACAACACGAUAGGAUCCGUGGUAUCUGCCGCCAAAGAUCGGACGAGGUCACGCCGAUGGUACUUGACCUGGCCGAAAAGAGCAUGCUUGGACCACUGCCAAAAGACCGCGAGGCGGCCCGGAUCAUCCGAGACAAGUUCAUUGAUGGAAUGUACGCGUUGGCCAACCCAGGAACACCCCCGCUACCACCACCAUCUGGCGGCAGUGUAACGACCUUGGGAUCCCCGAUGUGGUCCAAUGUUGUGUCCCCGACUUCGACCCUGGAUGGCACGAGCAAUUUGCCCCUGACUCCUUUGACCUCCCAGGUUGCAGGGCUCAGUUUGAAGCCGACGAUCACGGUCUCGUCGCAUGGUAUCGAUACGGUACCGUCGAUCAACGCCAAUAGCAGCGAGAACACGCUGGCUGCCGCGUCUCACCUCACUGAACCCACCCUCCCAACCGCCAACAGUGACACCGACGCUCCACCCCGCCUUUCAGGGUGUUCUGCCCUCUCUUCUAAUUCAACGCCGUGCCCCAUCGUCAGCGUUGACCAAGUCAACGAAUACAAAACCGCCGUCCGGCGAAAAGGGAAGCCGGCCGAUCCGGACGUAGCAGAUCUUUUCGAAUACCUCCAGCAAAACUUCGGCGGCCGCGACCAGAUGUUCUUCAUCGACGAUUCCCGCACCAUGGGCACCCAUGACCGUGACACCAUCUCCUCCGCUUUCAAAGCACUCGGGUACAUGGCCAAGCACCUCGACCCAAACAAGGUCGAGCUGGUGUUUGCCUCAGAUCCCAAAAAAGUACACAAAGCAAAGAAGAUCCGGAAACUAAACGACUUGGUCACCGAGCGCAAUUUCGCUGGCGAGCCACAUUAUAUGAACGCGCGCCUGGGCGAGUUCUUGGGCCGCGUCAUCAUACCGCAUCUGCCUUUUAAACUCCUUGGGCGCAACAUCAAUCCGUUGGCGCGCAAGAAGGUCAGUGUGUACAUCUUUACGGACGGCGAGUGGGGUCCGGACCUUCGACAAGGCCAAGCGGAUGGGGGCGGGUUGCAGCAGCCGGUGCAGAAUUUGGUCAAGGUGUUGAAGCGUAGGGAGCUUGACCGGACACAGGUCAGUCUGCAUUUUGUGCGGUUUGGGGAUAGCGCGCGUGGGGAGGCGCACUUGAAACAUCUGGAUGAUUGUUUGAGGGAGGAUGAUUGGGACAUCAUCGACGUUAAACACAUCAAUUCUGGCGUUAGAAGCAUGAUGAUUGGUCCCUUGACCAGGGACAACGACGACAGGGAAGGUUAG